UAUAUAUAUAUAUAUAUAUAUAUAUAUAUGUGGGCAUUUUUGAUGAGAUAAUCUGCUUAUCUACAGUAUGGGAAUUUAGAUUAAGCAUAUUCCAGCUCAAUAACAAGAUGACAAACAAACGCAUUUUACUCGCAUCUCCAUAUCUUCCUCUCCACCAUGUUGGUCAGGCAGUAGUUACUAAACCUAUCCAUGGACAUGUAUAACAAAUAACUAUAGCUGCUCCCCCUUACAAAUCUAAAAAUGAAAAAAAAAAAUUCCCUCAUUUUCAACAGAAGUAUUGUGGCAGGACAUCAGUAAAUUUCUGCUCCCGAACAAAGUAAAAGAAAUUCAUUUAAAUGAAUGCACAUUUUUUUACCCUUGUGAUUUCCUGCUUACUAACUUUACAAUUGAUAUUUCACUACAAUAUUCUUUUUGCCAAUCAGCUUUGGAAAUUAUCACUCACUUAUUUUGUAUCUGCACUUUCUCAAAGGAAUUUUGGAAGGAAAUUUACUUAAUGGUAUUCAUGUCCUUACACAAGUUUAUAGAUGAGAUAAGGGAACAGUCUUGUUCCUAAACUGUUAUACUAACUCAAGUAGAAUAGAUAAAGUCAUUGGGCAAAUUUCAUAUACACAAAUCCAGAAACAUGGCAUCAGUUAUAGGCUAUUCUGCAAUGACCAGAAAUUUUUUAUGAUUCCUUAUUACAAACAGAAAAAAAAUUAAUUAAUUUUAUUUUGUUGAAUUCCUUCAAGAUGUAAUUGGAGCUGUACAUUUACCCCUGGAGAUGACUGUAUAAAGAAUAAUAAAAACAAACAAACAAACAAACAAAAAUAAACUCACAUGCACUCUGACUGUAUGUAAAGCCGGACAGUUUUACUGGCAGCACCCCAUGUUUGCUACUAGCUCUCGUGGAGUUCACAUAUCAGAUAUCACAUUUUUUUAAGAAUAUAAAUUCAGACUUCAGAUGUCAAAGUGAAUGGUUGAUUUAUUGGGGGAACUAAUAUUCUUAUAAAUGUACAAACAAAUUAAUCAGGAAAGUCAUAUCUAAUGAAAGAAUUCAUAAAUAACCAUAUUGGUCUUCUGUAUUAGGGAACAUAAAUUGGAAUAAAGCAUGGACAAUUUGUGAUAAAUAUUGUAUGAAUAAUAAAAUAAAGGAAGUGACUUUUAAAAAUGUUUAAAAAAAAAAGAAAAUUAUCCAUCUGAAAAGAAAGAAUGGACACUGUAUUACAUUAGAUGUUUCAGAUGUUAUUGUUUUUUUUUUUUAAUUGACAGAUUAGAUGUUAAAGUAUUUCUUUUUGUACAAUACUUAAUUAUUAUGGGCAAAUAUCAUUAACAUAAGAAGAGGUGGUCUGAUUAUAAGCCAAACUUUACACAUUUCCUGCAUGAGCAUGGCACUUCUUUAAAAAUAUAUAAAAAAAAAAAAAACAAGAAAGCAAAAAGGACUUUGGAAUCAUAUAUUAACUAUGAUUUAUUUAAUGUGUAUUUAAUGGCUGGUGGUUGUUGUAAGUUAUGUUGUUGUAUAAAUCCUACAAUAAAAAAAAAUCACCAAACUGUGCAGGAAUCCGGCCACGUGGGACUGUUCAACAUAGAACACUGUGGACUCUUAAUUUGAAAUUUAUAAAAAAAAAACGACGCGGAAGACUGUAUGGUCGUUGUUGACAAAAAGGUAAAAUAAAAAGGCGCGUAACCGCUGCUGCUGGGGGCUGAGGCCGGAUUCCGAGUGGUGGAACAUAAAGUUCGGGUUUAUUUGACUUUUAAAAAAGAGUCAUGACUUGCAGAAGAGGUGCGUUAAUCGUGCUGGAGGGAGUGGACAGAGCCGGUAAAACCACGCAGUGUAAGAGGCUCGUGCAGGCGCUGGAGAAGAGCGGCCGCCAGGCUGAACUGAUCAGGUUUCCCGACAGGACAACAAAGAUUGGGCAGCUUAUCAGUUCAUACCUUGAGAAAAAGAGCAACCUGGAGGACCACACUGUACAUCUGCUCUUUUCUGCAAACCGAUGGGAGCUGGUGCCUUUAAUGAAGCAAAAGCUGGAGCAGGGAAUCAAUCUAGUGGUGGAUCGCUAUGCUUUCUCUGGAGUAGCUUUCACCAGCGCCAAACCCGGCUUCUCUCUGGACUGGUGUAUGCAUCCGGACGUGGGCUUGCCGAAGCCGGACCUGGUGAUGUACCUGCAGCUGAGCCCCACUGUGGCAGCUAACCGGGGAGAGUUUGGAGCUGAGCGAUACGAGAGUACUGCUUUCCAGCGUGCAGUACAAGAGAAGUUUGAGCAGCUCAAAGAAAAAGAUCCUUUAGUCAACUGGAAGGUGGUUGAUGCUGCUAGAAGCAUAGAGGAAGUACACACAGAGAUUAAAAUAUUGAGUGAGAAUGCCAUCAACGCUGCUGAGAAUCAACCUAUUGGAGAACUCUGGAAAUGGGUUUAGGGCUAAAGACCACAAUCAGUCAUACAUUAAUAACAAUUUUGAAAAUGAAACUGUACAUACAAGAAGGGUAAGAUGGCUCUUAUUGUAUUUUUUGUAUUCCUUUGUUUUUAUUUUAAAAUGUACAGUUGAGUAAAUAAAUAAUCUUAAAAUAAACCUGUGUACAGAUAUUUUAAACAUGGAGAAUAAACAUACUGUAAUACACAA